UGAGAAAGCAAGCCGUUCCCCUCCCGUGUAGCACAUUGCCUGGGCGUUCCUAUUAUGGAAGUUAAGUGAGAAACUCUGCAGCUUGAACUGAUUUGGGGAGAGAAAGGGAGAGAAAAGGGUAGGGGGAGGGCGAGAGGAAAGCAAGAUAGCCGAACCAAGCCAAUGGUUUUCCUGCAAAGUGCCGGGAAGUUUGUGGAGCGCUUUCUAGGAAUCAGGUCCUUUCUCAGAGUCUCUCCUUGUCUUCCGAAGAAAGAGCUUGCUUUUGGAUUGCCAUGGAUCCUAAAGAGAGUCUUAGACACACUUGAAUAAUUCCUCUGCUCGGGCUGGAUUGGUGGGAAUUUAGGAAGGAGCGUGUGUGCAAAGCAGAAGCCUCCGGAGCUCACUCGCUGCUCUAAUCUGUAUGGAUCUAAAAGUGUCACAUUCAAGACCUUUGCAUCUGCAGCUUUUGAUUUCAAGAUUUCCCUUUCCACUUUAAGUAGCUGCUAGGAAACUGAAAACUUUUGGACCUACCUCUUACUGGCUUUGGAUACUUCUUUUUCUUUCUUUUUUUUUUCCUUUUUCUUUUUUUUUUGAUCUCUGUGGAAUUAGUCUCGCAAGCGAUCGGGAUUGCUUUUACUAUGUCAAAAUGGGUCUGCUGACGCCACUCCUGCUCUUCGGAUUUGCAUUUUUUCAAGUCUAUGGAUCCCGUCUCCGCCAGGAGGACUUUCCGCCCCGGAUCGUCGAGCACCCUUCAGACGUGAUAGUGUCUAAAGGAGAGCCAACAACUCUGAACUGCAAAGCCGAGGGACGGCCGACCCCCACCAUCGAGUGGUACAAGGAUGGGGAGCGGGUGGAGACGGACAAGGACGACCCGCGCUCCCACCGCAUGCUGCUGCCCAGCGGCUCUUUGUUUUUCUUGCGCAUCGUGCACGGGCGCAGGAGCAAACCCGACGAAGGAAGUUACGUCUGCGUAGCGAGGAACUACCUCGGAGAAGCCGUGAGUCGCAACGCGUCUCUGGAAGUGGCAUUGCUACGGGAUGACUUCCGCCAGAACCCUACAGAUGUGGUGGUGGCAGCUGGAGAGCCUGCCAUCCUGGAGUGCCAGCCGCCUCGAGGACACCCUGAGCCCACCAUCUACUGGAAGAAGGAUAAAGUCCGCAUUGAUGACAGGGAGGAGCGGAUCAGUAUCCGUGGCGGGAAGCUGAUGAUCUCCAACACCAGGAAGAGCGACGCGGGCAUGUACACCUGUGUGGGGACCAACAUGGUGGGGGAGCGGGACAGCGACCCCGCAGAGCUCACUGUCUUCGAGCGGCCCACGUUUCUCAGGCGACCGAUAAACCAAGUGGUGCUGGAGGAGGAGGCCGUGGAUUUCCGGUGCCAGGUGCAGGGGGAUCCCACACCCACAGUCCGGUGGAAGAAAGAUGAUGCAGAUUUACCGAGAGGAAGGUAUGACAUCAAAGACGACUACACUCUGCGCAUCAAGAAAGCCACGAGCACGGAUGAGGGAACCUACACUUGCAUUGCUGAGAACAGAGUUGGAAAAGUGGAAGCCUCUGCUACCCUCACUGUGCGAGCUCGCCCCGUUGCUCCUCCACAGUUUGUAGUGAGACCACGAGACCAGAUUGUAGCCCAAGGUCGAACAGUGACUUUUCCUUGUGAAACUAAAGGAAAUCCCCAGCCAGCUGUUUUCUGGCAAAAAGAGGGAAGUCAGAACCUACUCUUCCCAAACCAGCCUCUCCAGCCCAACAGCAGAUACUCGGUGUCACCGACCGGAGACCUCACCAUUACCAACAUCCAGCGCUCGGAUGCAGGAUACUACAUCUGUCAGGCACUGACGGUUGCUGGAAGCAUUUUAGCAAAGGCUCAGCUGGAGGUUACUGAUGUCUUGACAGAUAGGCCUCCACCCAUCAUCCUCCAGGGACCCAUCAACCAGACACUGGCAGUGGAUGGCACAGCUCUGCUGAAGUGCAAGGCCACCGGUGACCCCCUCCCUGUCAUCAGCUGGUUGAAAGAAGGAUUCACCUUCCUGGGUCGAGACCCUCGGACGUCCAUACAGGACCAGGGGACGCUUCAAAUCAAAGCGCUGCGGCUGUCUGAUACUGGGACUUACACUUGCGUGGCUACAAGUUCCAGUGGGGAGACCUCUUGGAGUGCUGUGCUGGAGGUGACAGAAUCCGGUGGAGCAACAGUCAGUAAAAAUUAUGAUAUAAAUGACCUCCCUGGGCCACCAUCCAAACCUCAGGUCACUGAUGUUACUAAGAACAGUGUCACCCUGUCCUGGCAGCCAGGGACCCCUGGAAGCCUACCAGCCAGUGCAUAUAUCAUUGAGGCUUUUAGUCAGUCUGUGAGCAACAGUUGGCAGACAGUGGCAAACCACGUGAAGAGCACCCUCUACACUGUGAGGGGCCUGCGCCCCAACACGAUCUACCUGUUCAUGGUGAGAGCCAUCAAUUCACAGGGCCUGAGUGACCCCAGCCCCAUGUCAGACCCUGUCAGAACACAAGAUAUCAGCCCCCCAGCACAAGGUGUGGAUCACAGGCAAGUCCAGAAAGAACUGGGAGACGUCAUUGUACGGCUGCACAAUCCUGUCGUGCUGACACCCACGACAGUUCAAGUCACCUGGACGGUUGACCGCCAGUCCCAGUUUAUUCAGGGCUACAGGGUGAUGUACCGCCAAACGUCUGGCCUGCCUUCUCCAGCUGUGUGGCAGAAUUUGGAGGUCAAAGUCCCCACUGAACGCAGUGCUGUCCUCGUCAGCUUGAAGAAGGGGGUCACUUAUGAAAUAAAGGUUCGCCCUUAUUUCAAUGAAUUCCAAGGAAUGGACAGUGAAUCCAAAUCUGCUCGUACCACAGAGGAAGCUCCAAGUGCCCCUCCUCAGUCUGUUACUGUCCUGACAGUUGGAAACCACAACAGCACGAGCAUCAGCAUCUCCUGGGAUCCUCCCCCUCCAGAUCACCAAAAUGGAGUCAUCCAGGAGUAUAAGAUCUGGUGCCUAGGUAAUGAGACUCGAUUUCAUAUCAACAAAACAGUAGAUGCAGCCAUUCGGUCUGUAGUAAUAGGUGGCCUAUAUCCAGGUAUUCAGUACCGCGUGGAAGUUGCUGCAAGCACCAGUGCAGGUGUGGGAGUAAAAAGUGAGCCACAGCCCAUAAUAAUUGGAGGCCGUAAUGAAGUUGUCAUCACCGAAAAUAACAACAGCAUAACUGAGCAAAUCACUGAUGUUGUCAAACAGCCUGCCUUUAUAGCUGGCAUCGGUGGGGCAUGUUGGGUGAUUCUGAUGGGUUUCAGCAUCUGGCUGUACUGGCGAAGAAAGAAGAGGAAGGGGCUCAGCAAUUACGCUGUUCAGUCCUUCACCUUCACCCCUGCAGUCACUUUCCAAAGAGGAGAUGGAGGACUAAUGAGCAAUGGAAGUCGACCAGGUCUCUUGAAUGCAAGUGACCCCAGUUAUCCUUGGCUUGCAGACUCCUGGCCUGCCACAAGUCUGCCAGUAAACAACAGCACUAGUGGACCCAAUGAUCUUGGCAAUUUUGGUCGUGGAGAUGUGCUGCCACCAGUGCCAGGGCAAGGAGAUAAAACUGCUACUAUGCUUUCUGAUGGAGCCAUUUACAGCAGCAUCGACUUCACCACGAAAACCAGUUACAACAGUUCCAGCCAAAUAACGCAAGCUACACCAUAUGCCACCACCCAGAUACUGCAUUCCAACAGCAUCCAUGAGCUGGCUGUCGAUUUACCUGAUCCUCAGUGGAAAAGCUCAAUUCAGCAAAAAAAUGACCUGAUGGGAUUUGGUUACUCUCUCCCAGACCAAGGCAAAGGCAACAAUGCCUUGCUUUACAUCCCUGACUACCGGGUGGCUGAGGGACUGGCUAAUAGAUUGCCACACAACCAGUCACAGGAUUUCAGCACCACCAGCUCCCACAACAGCUCCGAAAGGAGUGGCAGCCUCUCAGGUGGCAAAGGAGGGAAAAAGAAGAAAAACAAAAAUACUGCCAAGCCCCAGAAAAGUAAUGGUUCAAACUGGGCCAGUGUUCCCCUCCCACCCCCUCCUGUGCAGCCACUUCCAGGCACAGAGCUGGAACACUAUGGGGUGGAUCAGCAAGAAGCAGGAUACGACAGUGAUGGUUGGUGUCCGCCUUUGCCAGUUCAGACCUACCUACAUCAGGGCAUGGAGGAUGAGCUUGAAGAAGAUGAUGAUCGUGUUCCCACACCCCCUGUCCGAGGAGUAGCUUCAUCACCUGCCAUCUCCUUUGGGCAACAGUCGACUGCAACCCUCACGCCUUCCCCACGAGAGGAGAUGCAGCCAAUGCUUCAAGCUCACCUUGAUGAAUUAACAAGGGCUUACCAGUUUGAUAUAGCAAAGCAGACAUGGCACAUCCAAAGCAAUACACAACCUCCUCAGGCUCCCGUUCCGCCCCUAGGAUAUGUAUCUGGAAACCUUAUUUCAGAUUUGGAAACAGAUGUUCCAGAUGAGGAUGAUGAUGAAGAUGAUAUUGAAGAAGAAACUGUAGAAAUCAGUAGGCCACUAAGAGGUCUAGAACAUACUCCAGGCUCCAGUAUGGACAAUCUAGACAGCUCUGUGACAGGCAAAGCAUAUUCUUCCUCUCAGAGACCUCGGCCGAGCAGUCCUUUUUCUACUGACAGCAACACCAGUGCAGCUGUCAAUCAGGGUCAGAGGCCGAGGCCCACUAAAAAACACAAGGGAGGACGGUUGGACCAGCCCCCUUUGCCUCAUCGUAGGGAGGGAAUCACAGACGAUCUUCCACCACCACCCGACCCGCCCCCUGGUCAGGGUUUAAGGCAGCCCAUAGUCCCCGGCCAGCGCGGAGGCUCGGCAGAGAGGAAAGGAAGCUCUCUUGAGAGGCAGCAUGCACCGAACGUAGAUGAGACAAAGAGCUCCCUGGACCGGCAAGCUAGGACAUCUCUAGAGUGGCAGCGGCAAACCCAGGAGUGGAUAAGCUCUACAGACCGCCAAGAGGAUUUCAGGAAAGCCCAACACAAACAAGCCUUCGGAUCAGAAGAGGCACUCGUACCAUAUAGUAAACCCAACUUCCCAUCCCCUGGUGGCCACAGCUCUUCAGGAACAUCUUCUUCUAAAGGAUCGACUGGACCUAGAAAAGGUGAAGUCUUGCGAGGAGGUCACCAACGCAAUGCCAGUGACCUUCUCGAUAUAGGCUAUGUGGGAUCAAACAGUCAAGGACAGUUUACUGGUGAAUUAUAGUAGUUGAGAAGACACAUUGCAAGCUGCUCUCUGAUGGACCAUCAGGUCUGAACUCAUGGAAGUGAUGACACUAAACAGUGCAAUGAACAUUUUCUUUAUUUAUGUACUAUUAAAAGAACUGUAAAUGCAAUGUAAAGACACACAGCCACACAUAUCCCACAGAUUCUUUACUUGUGUUCUUCUCUUUAAUACACCAUCCACCUUAAACUAUUCCUUGUCAGGAGUAUAUAAAAAAGAAAGAAAAAAAAAAUCACCCUCCAGGAUGAAAAGGAUUUCCUUCUGUAUAUAAUUUCUUUUGUUGCAUUGCUAUGCAAGCUCACCUUCUUUUUAGCUAUGUUCAUAUUCAUGUCUGUUUUUACUGGUCUGUUGUACUAUAUGUGAAUUAAUAGGCUGUGGUGCCAUAUAUUAACUUUUAAUUGUGUAACUUUUAUGUUUAAAGUUUGCACUGCAAUUUUAUUUGGUGAUAAGCACAAAACUCUACUCCUCAUGACAUGAAGAAAAAAAAGAGACUGAAUGUGUGGAGAAGGUUUACGUCCUGUAAGCUACUUUGGAUAACGCUGGAUGUAAAGGAGUAUGUUAGGUGGUUUUCCAUUGGGGUGUAGAAAUGAGAAAGUGACAGGCAAAACUAAUGUCAGUGAAGACAUUAGAGACAGAUUUAAAUCUUUUAAAAGCAAGCAACAUAGUUGCUCUUCCUAUUUAAGAAGGGGUCAAAAGUUGGAAGUGUGAGGUUAAAGGGCGAAUAUGAAAAUUAAAGGUAGCAUGAGAUGGCCUAGACCCUUUCACUAGAAUGAUGCCCUUAGUAUCUGUUUUUAGCCAUCCCAUGCCACUAAGUGAAGGGGAAGAAAAACAAACCUUGCUACAAACAAAAGAACUUAAGGUGUUUCACUAAAGCUGUUUUUAUAUUGCAGUUUUAAAGGAAUUAUUACCGUUAAUUUCUCCAGCCCAAAAUGUAAGACAGAGAUUUUCCAGGAGAAAAAACCCAAUAUAAACGCAAGGAAUACCCACCAAGAAGUUAAGAAUGCAAUUUAUUGUUAAGACAUAUUCAGGCUGCUUCCAAAAAAUUGAAAUGUCAGAGUAUCUUAUUUCAUCUUUCCAAUACAUGUACAGUAGAAUAGAAGAUAGAGCUGCACCACUGAAAUUCAUGACAUUAAUUGUUUUGAUGCAGUCUACACAACCCUUUCUGUUCUGUUACUUGAAGUCUGCAAGAGUUGAAGUUGGAUCCACUAAAUUUGUAGUAAAGUGUUUAGUGUUUGGAAGGAAAGCAACAGUCAAACUAUUUUCGACUUCCAUUAAAUAUAUUUCUGGCAAUACACUACAUCCAAAAGCUGGAUACAAGCAAAGAAAAUCUUUGACCUGUGUCUUAGUGAGUGGCUUCAAACCCUACUAUGAUGAGGAAAUAACACAUGUUUAUACACUUUUUGAAUAAACCAGACUCUGUAAGUGGACAUUAAUGACAGCAUCCUGUCUCUUCAUUAAUUUUCAUGACUUUGUCCAAAUCUUCUGUACUUCUCAAAUCUCAAUGAGUAAAUUGUCAAGCUUUUCUUAGAAUAUUAUAUGUGGAUAGCCCACCCAUUGCUUUGAUGCUUAAUUAAAAUAUUAAAUCUUACAGCUUAUUUCUGUUAGUUAUCUGAUCAUGAACAUAAGUUUCCAUUGAAUACCUUUUUCAUAUAACCAGUCUAUGUUGUUUUAUAUAUUGCCUUGGAGCUCACCAGUAUUAAGAACACUUUUAGUAAUGGCAGAAUUUUAGAAAAGUAAAUUACAAUGCUGAAUAUGUGUUGCUUUUCAUUUCAUUAACUUGUUCCAUGAUAAGAUAAAACACUACAGCCAUCAACUAUAACUCAGCACUACUGAGUAUUUAAAAAAAGUUAGUUAACUUCCUUAAGUCAAGAUGUGUUAUUUAGCAGGUUACAAACAAAAAAACUUGAGAAAAAAAAGUAUGAAUUUAUUUAUAUAUGUGACCAAUGAGUAUAUGUCAUUUUCCUGCAUGUUAAAACACUACAGUUAAAAACAGUGCUUAAAAAUGUUCAAGUAAGAUAAAGAAUGCAUCAUAAUUACAUAUAUUUGGUUUUAUUUUGAUAUUAUCAUAUAAAGAGAUGACUAUUCAGAGUACAAUUCAAAUUUAAUUCUCUGGAAAAUGUUUAACUCAGUCACGGAUUGAUUUUUUUCCUUUUAAUUCAAAAGCUUGUGCUGAGCUUUGGUGGAACACCUUACUAACUAUAUUCUAUUCAAAAUUCAGUAUCAUUAGAGGUUGAUAAAGCCAUCCCAAUUACUUUCGAAUAUGUGUUUUAUCUCUUCCACUGGAAAGUAAAUGUGUGUCAGUAUUAAAGCUGUGCAGUACCAUGAUAUUCACUAACUUGUCCAUCUGCUUCUGUACAUUUUUGUUCAUUAAUAAUUUGCUUACAAUAUUACAUAAGGUGUUGUUGUGUAUGGCAAAGUGUCUCCAUUAUCUUACAGGUGAUGUCUCUUCUUUUUUUUUCUCUCUCUCUUUUCUAUACAGUGUACUUCCAAUGAACCACAGUACAUAUUUUUUAAAAUGCCAUUUAAUUUACUAUUUUAAAAGAAGUAUUCUUCUUUUUUAAAAAAAAAUGAAAACAUUUAUUGUGAAUAAUGUGUUUAAAGAAAAGGGUUGUUGUGGCAGCACUUAGAAUUGUUUUUUAAUUUGUUUUUUUUAAAAAAAACCUGUUUAUUGGCUACAGUUUGUUCACGAAAAAGUAUGACCUCUUAAUGUGUUUCAUUGGUAUUGUUAGUGCAGCAAAGUUUAAUUGGCAUAAGAAGUUGGUUAUUAGUACUGUUGAAGUGUGUAUUGUAUAUUUACUGGGGAAAAAAUAAAACAUAUUCACAUUUCAAAUCUAUGUUAAAAGACCUUGAGUAAGGAGUCAAUAUGUGAAAAGGCAAACUGGGAAAAUCAGGCAAUAAUAACAUAGACUGAGCUAUAAUCAUCACUGUCCACUUACAGGUGACGAGGAACGUUUUAUGUGCUGGUUUUUGAACUAAGCUAAGAGUGUUAUAAAUAGGCCAGUGGUAAACAUUGCCUGUCAUAGGGGUUUCUGUUUAAUGUCCUGUCUAUACUGGGAAUAGCUGGACCAGGGUAAUUACACUGCUCCAGCUAUUCUAGCAAACAUCCUCCGUUUGUACACGUGCGCUCUCGAUGUCCAGCCAGGACCCAAGUGCUCAGCUUGCUUUGCUUAAGGCCCAUAAAGCAGUGGAUGUGUAAAACCUGCAUUCCCUGGGCCUGAACCCUUGGAAUUGGGGUUUUGUACUGGUGGAGCUUCUGCCAACCCAGUACAGAACAUUCCCAAAUGGCAAAGAGAUGCCAGGUCAAUUUUUUCUCAGUCUUUGCUGAAGGACCAAAUAGUAAAUGGUUACAUGUGCUUCAGUGGUGUAUUGCUGUAUAGGCAGCCAUUUCAGUGAUGCAAAAAACAGACAUUUCUUGGUUUUGUUAUUUUUUUUAAUUAUUUCUUAAGUCCUUUUCAAGUCAGUAAACCUUUUGAAUACCUUUUGGUUGUCACCUGAAAUGCAACAGAAACACCGUUCCUUGGGAAAAGUACAGAAACAUAAGGUGCAUGGAAUGUUUUAAGUGUAUUAAUUUAACUAUACACCAGUGCAAAAGCAAGAUAUGACUGUUUGAAAUAACUAUAUGCUGGUUUAUGCUUGCCUCAGUCCAUACCUUGCCAGCCAGGAGAAAAGGUGUGUACUAGGGCUGAGAAAGAGCCCUCACAACUGACAGAGGAAAGGUAAUAGGGCUGGGGGAGAUUUUGGCAGGAACUUUUUUUAAAAACAAAAUUACUGGCAGCUCCUUUGACUUAUCUUCAAUAUAUGCAGUUUGGGUUUUUUAUGAUUAAUGGCCUUGUGAAGAUUUAGCAGGGGAAGUAGGAAGAAAAAUACUGGCCUUCUUUUGUAAAGAUAUCGGGGAAACUUGUUUGCCGAGGGGAGGAUUUUUUAAUUUCAUUUUUGUUUUUUUACACAUGUUUUGUGUUCCCUCUCCCUGGAACACAUUAGCUAAAAAAAUAAAUUAUUUUUGAAAACCAUGUGGGAAACAGACAUUUUAUUUAGGAGGUACAUUCAAAUAGCAGGAAAAUGGCAGAAAGUACUACUAAAAUAGGGAACACAUACACUGGCUUAGAAUCAGCCGAGUCCACCACAGUUUCACAUGUAAUUUUGAAUGGUACAGUAAUAUGCAUAACCUUCAUUGCUUCUGGUUUCCAAACCAAAACAAAUUAUCCAAAGUCCAUAGAGGCCUAGAUCCUUGGGACACUAAUUCUAGAACUUUGUUUGAAAUAUGUGGUUAAUCCAAGCACGAUGGGUUUCAGUAGACCCCAGGCACCCCGUGUGUAGAGGCAGGUCACUUCCCUGAGGAUGGAGAUUUUCAGGGCAGGGAAGGUCUUUGAUGAGUUAGGCACUGUGGUGGUUUGCACAGGGACCAUUUCGUCAGGCCAUGUCUCACAUUUUGGGACAUCCUCCCCAGUCCUGCCAUGGUCUCAGUGCUGAGCAGUGGAACACAGCAGAGCAGUGCUACCAAACUCUGCUGUAUGUAGCAUGUUCCCUGCUUCUCUUUAGGACUGACCUUUGCCUGACAAUGCUCCUCACACAAAAUAACAGAUACGACUCGGAGAUUUGUCGUGGGACCCAGAGGAGAAGUAGGGCCAUGCCUGUGUGUUGUGAAGGUGGACUGGUUAUCUGGGGAGAGCCAGCUCUGGGUUCUACUCUUGAUGUGAGGAUUAGAUUCCUCUCUAGCCUGAGUUUGUCUAACUGUUUAGCUACAUCCAGGAAGACCACAGCAGCAAACAAGUUCCUAGAGCACAGCUCAGAGUUGCAGCAUCUCUUCUGGCAUUCAGUCUGUUGUAGACAAUCCUGAGUUGGGUGCCAGCUUCUCGCCACAUCCUGAGGACUCAAAUGGCUUACAGUGACAUUUAGGCAAGUGAGGUUGUUCCUCUCGCUGUGCAGAAUGGGAAAAAAAACCCAAACAAACAAAACAAACAAACAAACAAAAGCAAAACUAAACCUUUCACUUAAACAGAUCUUUUAAAACAAUCCUCAAAAAUCCUAGAAAACAGAGCAUUUCAGAUGUACUCUUGAUGAUUUUUUUUUCUUUUUCUUGGCAUUUUGUUUUUGCUACCAUUGAAAUGAUCUAUUUGGUUUUUUUCAGACCUGCUACACUCUCCCUCCACCCCUUUACCCCCUGCAUUUUCCAGUACUUAUCUCUCAGGUGUAAAGAAGUUAUGGUAGAGAAUAAUUGCAUUUGUGUACUUUCGUUGUUCUAACUUUAAACAACAAGGUGCACAGUUGCAUUCAGCUCAAUUGAUCAAAGCCAGAUGGGGAUGAAAUGUUUGUAGUUGUUGUUUUUGGUUUUUUUUUUCUAAAAAGGCCUGCUACUAUUUGUGCUGAUAUUUGUUCCCCAUUUAUGCUGAUCAGUGCAUCUUUUGCCUUCGAGGAUGCCAUUAGUAAUUCUCCUUUGUGUUCAUAAGCAGGAAUCCAUUGUGCAGCACUUGGAGAGCCACUCGGAUGCAGGUAAAGAAUAUAACAGCUUGAGCAAGUGCUAAUUAGAACCAAUUAAAGUUAAUUGACCUCCUUUGGCAGUAAAAUGCAUAAUAGAACUUGCUCUGUCCUUGCAAAAUGGAGAUCUCGCCUCUAAGCAUAAGAGUGAAGCAGGGUUUCAUGUAGCAGCCUGUAGUAAUUAUGUGGGUAUAACAACCAGGAAGCGGCUUGCUACAAUUUGUUCUAAUAACUGGUCUCUACUGUAUCAGGGCAGUGCAAUAAAAGUGAGAUUUCUGCUUCAGUCUAUUUAAAAACCUAAUUUUUACAGAGCAAAUGAGCGUCCCAAGAUACCGAUACUAAUCUCUAGGAAUGAGUUGGCAGAAAAAAUAAGAGUCCCUUUUAUAGGUAAGUAAUGGUGUGAGCAUAAAAAAGAAGGCAGUUUUUUUGCCUGCCAGCUGGAAAUGUCUCUGAUGCUCAGAGGUUGCGUCUGUCCUGAGUAGUGGGGGUAAGCUCUGGUGGGCCUGCAGUGGUGCCUUGCAAUGAGGUUGCCUCCUGCAGGCUUCUGUUCAAAAAGGGGCACUGGCAUCCAUCCAGCUGAGCUUUGUGCUGCUGUGGGGCUGUACCACUACCGUGGGCACUGGUUUGGACACAGUCAGAGGUAUCCAAAUAAAAGAGAGAGAAAGAGCAGGGGAAAAGAAUGAAUGGUAGGAAAUGUAAAAUUGUGUGAAUUCAAAAGCAUCAGUGGCGGGUGCUAAACUGUACAUCGCUGUGAAAAGUUGAAAAGCCAUUCUUAUUAGCAAAAGAGAAUUGAUCCAGUUUCCAUGACCAUGCUUUGCUGACUUUUUCCUUGGCAGGAACUGAAUGCGACUGAUUUUGCUGCUAACUUGGCCUUACUAUGAACAGCAAUAAAGGUGUUAGUCAGGUGGGGACUUUGAUGUGACCAAUAACAUCACUCUCCCUUCAGGGAAUGUUCUGUGCUGGCUUGUUAAUAAAUUUCUUUCCUAAUGAGUAUCAUUAAAAACCCUUUGAUUAGCUA